AUGGCCAACAUGGCGGACAUUAAAACUCCACUGUGCGCUCUUCAGCCAACCCCAGCCAUUCCCCACACUGCAUCGCGCAGCGGCGCGGGCACGCGGGGGGGGGGGGGGGCGCGGGCUCGAACGGGCGCCGGCCCGGAGCGCGCGUCCCGUCAACCCCCGGCGCCCGCCGGCCGCGCCCGGCUGCUCGCGGCCCCCGCCCUGCGCGGCGAGGAGGCGGCGGGGCCGGCGGGGUCCGGGCGCUCGGACGCCGGGGCCCAGAGCCCGGCCGCCGCUCGCCGUCCGCACGCGCUCCCUCCCUCCGGCCCGCUCCCUCCCGCGCCGUCGGCAGCCCCCGCCCGGCCGGCGCGAGGGGCGGUGGGUCCCGAGCGGCGCUCGCGGGGCAACUGGUGGGUGAGGCCUCGUUAUCAUUACGCGUUAGGUCUUUGA